UCUCCAGCCGGGUGGCAGCAGUGGGAUGUACAGUAGUGCAGCUCUACCUGCGCUACACACCUGAUGUUUAUUUCUGUUUUGACGCCGCUCAUUUGUGCUUUUCUGAGCGUUCGUGACUUGACUAAAGCGUCGGGCAUAAGCAGGACAUCGGCAGGCUUCUUGACUUGAUGCUCACCAAUUAGUGAAAACGAUCGUAUUGCUUACUUUUUUAUGCGCGUGGUUCUUGCGGGCACAUGUUUAUGACAGCUUACAAAUGAGCGUCUUGUUGCCAUGUCAUGAAGGCAGCACAUUUCCAGUCUAGGAGGACCUGACAGAUUAUCUUGUUUAGAAAGGUACUACUAAAUAAAUUACAGCUCUCUCUGACGAGGCCAUGAGCGCCACCGACCGACCCAACUUCCUCUCACAGCCAGUUGUGAAGAGCGUCCAUCUCUAUCGAAACGGGGACCCCUACUUUCAGGGACGGAAAAUUGUGGUCAACGAAAAGAGGGUGUGCAAUUUCGAGAGUUUCCUGAAAGAGGCAACCUCCGGUGUACAGGCAUCUUUCGGAGCUGUGAGGAACAUCUACACACCUAGCGAGGGACAUCGAGUGGACGCGCUAGAGGAGCUGGAGAGCGGCCAGCAUUACGUGGCUGCCGGCCGGGAAAAGUUUAAAAAGCUCGAUUAUCUGCAAAUUGGAUCAAAGAAGAAAAAUUCAAUUCAGAACAGUAAUAUACAGACCAACCUCAUGGAUGAUUCCCAAAGAAGUAAAGACAUAAAACCAGUGGCCCACAGCAGAAUUGUCGUUUCGGCGAGAUUCUUGAGGCCUAUUCAGGAGCCAUGUGCUAUUUUCUUGGUUGCAAAUGGAGAUGUCCUAAACAUGCCGGUCCGACUCUUAAUCCCCAGGAAGAUUCUCGCUCAGUGGGAACACAUUCUCGAGAUGGUCACAGAGAAGAUGAGAGUCAGGAUUCUCGGAGCUGUGCACAGCCUGUUCACUUUUGAUGGAAAACACAUCAUGGAAGCCAAAGACCUGGAAAAUGGACAGUUUUAUGUAGCUGUUGGUCGAGAGAGGUUUAAAAAACUUGCAUAUAGUGACCUUCUUUUUACAAAGCCAGCACCAAUAAGAAGAUAUAAUGGGUCUAAAGCAGCAUCACUACCACCUUUAUACAGAUAUGAAAAUCACAAAGAAGGUCUGGCUGGCCGACAAAGCAAGUCAACAGGUGGAUCAAGCGAUGCAUCACCUCAGCCCCCAAAAAGAAAAGGCAAGAAGGAGCAGUUGUCCCCAGCAGAAGAAGUGGGUUUGCAUGGAAAGCCUGUCAGGGUCAAAUGGAAGCGGAAUGGGAUUACUGCACCCAUUUACCAUCGUAACAGUGACAAACCUUCCAAAGCUUACGACGAAAGGCCUGAAUCGAGAGACGCCGGAGAGGUAGAAGAAGCAGAAUUCUUGCAAGUGGAUAUUCCUGUUGACCAGAGAGCUGCCGAGAUCGUGAAUGAUGAAGAGUAUGAAGAAUCCCAUGAUCAAGAAUAUGAAGAAAACUGUAUUGAUAAUGGAGGGGAUCCCGAAGUAAACACUUUGGAUGAUGUUUGUAAUGAGGAUAACCAAACAUCUGAGGAACCCCUUCAGGAAGAUAAUGGAGUAGAAGAAGAAGAAAUUGAGGAAGUAGAGGGAAAAAAUGAGGUAGAAGAAGAUCAACAUGAAGAAGAGGAAGAAGAGGACCAAGAAGAGGUGCAGGAAUCUCAUCAAAGUGAUGCUGAUAACAUGAGCCCAGGACCAGAAGAUGUAAACCCAGAAGAGGAGGCAGAUGAAGACGAUGAAGCCCAAAUGGAUCAUCCAGAAAAUGUGGAAGAGGAGGAAGAGGAGGAGACCAGUGUUCUUGGAGAGGUUAACAGUCCGUCCAGAGUAAGCGAAGCUCCAUCCAUUCCUGACAGUGAAAGAAACGAAAGUAGAGAGCGAAAAGAAGGAGAAGAAGAAGAAUAAAGAAAAAUCCAGACAAUGACCAUCCAGCAUAUCACGAUACUCUAAAAGAUACAAAAUGGUGGGAGGUGGACACCCAUCUGGGGCACAAUGAUUGUAAGGUAUCCAGAUGCACAAGUUAUGAAUAUUAGAGCACAGAGAGGCAUUCGAUUAAGGCAAAGUAGUAAAGCUUCUUGUUUGGAGUGCGUCACAAAACACAUCGAUAAUUGUCUACGCUAGUAGAAUUGUGGUUUUCAAACUCAGUUGUGGUGAACGCUUGUGACUGCUGCUUUUUAAUUAAAACACAUUUCUAAAUUAGAAGCCAAUCCCUUACACUCGCUGACACAUUUCCCUGUUGACUGUCUUAAUUGUUUAGGUGUUUAAUUUUCAGAAAGUGUUAGGAGUUAUAAUAUUAUUUUAAUUACUGUGCUUAGGAACAUUUUUAAUAAUGUUAUAUUUUUUACAUUUUUAAUUUAAUUUACUUAGUUGUACAAAUUUUGAACCGUUGGGUGUUUAAAUUGCUAAAAAUUAACUACCACUUAUAAACGAGUAGCAGAAGAUUUCUGGUAGACCCAGAAGACCCAGGGCCGUCUUAACAGCGUCAUAGGCCCCCUGACAAAGUAGUGUGCUGGGACCCCUGUUUUAAUAGC